UAGGCACACACUGCAGUUGUGAAGCCCUUGUGAGGUAAGGCCAGUCCACGACAAUGCAACAUUUAGGCUCAGAAAAGGAUAAGAAAACUUGUAAACACUGAGUUGGUUCAACAUCCUACAUCAUGUUCUGAAGGCUAGUGCCCUUCUGCGCAAAAUUGGCCUGCCUUCGUGUUUACGUUGCAGCAAUGAAGAUGUUCACAGCCAAACUGCAUGUACAAACGGCAAUAUACAUUGGCUUGAUAUUGGCCAUCGGAUGUAUGCAACACACCAGUGGAAAUAGAUGUCUGUCCGCCGGUUACACUAACUUUACCACCAGCUUUGAUCGGAGAACUCAGACAAGCCGAUAUGUGUUCUCCUCCGGGACGAGGCAGUCUUCGCCACGGGACGUCAUCAGUGCGAAUGCUACCGGUUCCAGCGUAGACUUUGACUUCCCGCCUGGUUGUCUUAUGACGUUUGACAGCAUCAGCUUCACAUCGAACGGAUCAUGCUUCUACCAAGUGCUGUAUUCCUCUGUGCAGUCAAGCGGCAGAAGCAACAGCCAGAAUAUUCCGUUCUCAGUGAACAGCGAUGCAGAUCCCAACGGUCAGAAGGUAUUGAAGUUCGUAGCCAUGUCAGAUGUAUCUGGAAGUACCGUCACGUUUAGUGCCAUGCAACGAUUGCAUACUGGCGGCGUUCACCCCUGCUUUAUCCUGGUCAAUGCUGCUGGUCAGCCAUAUGUUUCCUUGUCAGCUGAAGAUUGGAAUGAGUGCAGUGAUACGUACAAUCCUCCAUGUUACCAUGGUUACUCAACAGCCAGCGGCGGUAGUCACACACAGACACAGUACUGCAAGAACAUGUUUGGAUCAUACGAGUGUACCUGUAAGAGAGGCUAUACCCGAGACCAUGGAAUAUGCCAAGACGAAGAUGAAUGCAGACACGUGCCGGAUGUGUGCAACGCGGACGGUUUGUCCAACGGUAGUGUGGUGUGCGCGAACACGGAUGGAUCAUAUCGAUGUAUGUGCGCUGCUGGGUUCGAGGUCAACAGCAGAUCAUGCCAGGACGUGGAUGAAUGUUCGCGUGGUACACAUCGAUGUGCUCCUGGAGGAUACUGUGUCAACACACCUGGUCUGUACGCAUGCGACUGCCUCCCUGGUUACACUGGAAUAUACUGUGACUCGUACUAUACCGGUACACGUCGAAAGUUCCCUAGCGGUACGGAGAAGCUGAAUAUGGGCUCCUUGACCACCGCAGCAAUUGAAAAUUUCCCUACAAGUUCAACCUCCCCUCGCUCCGCAGUGGACCCUGAAGAGCAUCCUUCAGUUCUUGGCCAGGCGGCUAUCAUUGGCAUUUCAGCGUCUGCUUCGGCCGCUCUGGUUACAUCUGUUGUUGCUUUGUUGCUUUGGAGAUGCAGAUUUUCAACGAAGCGUCCUGGGUCGGUUGGCGAUAACAAACGGCAACCCAGCCGCCACCAGGCAGAGGGGGCCGUCACGUGCGAAACAGUCGCGGGUGAGGCACUGAACCAGGCGGGUGUACAAAUCAGGUUGGAAGGUUCCAAUGAGUCUCCCGUUCCCAUGUACGAGAGCGUCGCCUACAUCACUGCAAUGGAGACAUCGUGUCACCUCACCAAAAACGAUGCGUACGAUAUGGCGUCACGCACAUUACCCGGGAUAGUUUGUCAGUGUGAAAGCCAGUAUAAUCGAUAGCAACCAUUAUCUUAUUGGAAACUACGCUUUAUUUAGCUUUCGCAUCUCGCCUAAGACCAGUCGGACUGAACCAUUUUUCCACACCUCAAAACACUUCGUUCCAGCGUCCAUACUAUCCGCAUUCCAGGCUUCCAGAUCCCAUUAAAUUUCACUAUGGAUUGCGUAGAGUCCUAAAAAAGGCCCGUUUUGCUUCCGGGCUAGACGUGCUCUCGUGCUCUAUAAGUCUAUAAUACUAACUCUUUGUCUCCACCACUA